CCUCCUUCCUUUCUCACCGCAAAGUCCAUCAUCAGAAGCAUCAAAGCCAUCUUCUGCGCAUUCUAUCAUCACUGCUUAGGGUCAACCGAAGGCAGUAUAAGAUAGAAUACAAAGACCUCAAGGAGACUCUCAGAAAGUCCCUCGAGUCUCAGAUCCGACCCCGCUUCGGCACCAGAAAAAUUCACCAUUAAUCAGCUUUUGAAGCUCCACCGCCAUCAUGGUUAACUUCACUAUCGAGGAGGUCCGCGCGCUGAUGGACAAGCCGACCAACGUGCGUAACAUGUCCGUUAUUGCUCACGUCGAUCACGGAAAGUCCACUCUUACCGAUUCCCUCCUGUCCAAGGCUGGUAUUAUCUCUUCGGCGAAGGCCGGUGAGGCCAGAGCCACUGAUACCCGUGCUGAUGAGCAGGAGCGCGGUAUUACCAUCAAGUCGACUGCCAUCUCCCUGUACGGAAAGCUCACCGACCCUGAGGACAUCAAGGACAUUAUUGGCCAGAAGACCGACGGUGGUGAUUUCUUGAUCAACUUGAUCGAUUCGCCCGGUCACGUUGAUUUCUCCUCUGAGGUUACUGCUGCUCUCCGUGUCACUGAUGGUGCUCUCGUCGUCGUCGACACCAUUGAGGGUGUCUGCGUCCAGACCGAGACCGUCCUUCGUCAAGCUCUAGGUGAGCGUAUCAAGCCUGUUGUUAUCAUCAACAAGGUUGAUCGUGCUCUUCUCGAGCUCCAGAUCGAGAAGGAGGACCUUUACCAGUCCUUCUCCCGUACCAUCGAGUCCGUCAACGUCGUUAUAUCCACCUACUUCGACAAGUCCCUCGGUGAUGUCCAGGUCUACCCAUACAAGGGAACGGUUGCCUUCGGUUCCGGUCUUCACGGAUGGGCUUUCACUAUCCGCCAGUUUGCUCAGCGUUACGCCAAGAAGUUUGGUGUUGACCGUGUCAAGAUGAUGGAGCGCCUUUGGGGCGAUAACUACUUCAACCCCCACACCAAGAAGUGGACCAACAAGGGCACCCACGAGGGCAAGCCUUUGGAGCGUGCCUUCAACCAGUUCAUCUUGGAUCCUAUUUUCAGAAUCUUCAACGCUGUCAUGAACUUCAAGAAGGACGAGAUCAACACCCUUCUCGAGAAGCUGAGCAUCAAGCUCACUUCUGAUGACCGCGACAAGGAGGGCAAGGCUCUCCUCAAGAUUGUCAUGCGAACUUUCUUGCCCGCUGCCGAUGCCAUGUUGGAGAUGAUGAUUCUCCACUUGCCAUCCCCAGUUACCGCCCAGAACUACCGUGCUGAGACUCUCUACGAGGGUCCCCCAGACGAUGAGGCCUGCCUCGGUAUCAAGAACUGUGACCCCAAGGGCCCUCUCAUGCUCUACGUCUCUAAGAUGGUGCCCACUUCCGAUAAGGGUCGUUUCUACGCUUUCGGUCGUGUCUUCUCUGGUACCGUCAAGUCUGGACUCAAGGUCCGCAUCCAGGGUCCUAACUACGUUCCCGGCAAGAAGGAUGAUCUUUUCAUCAAGGCUAUCCAGCGUACCGUCCUCAUGAUGGGUGGCAAGGUCGACCCCAUUGACGAUGUGCCAGCCGGUAACAUCCUUGGUCUCGUCGGUAUUGAUCAGUUCUUGUUGAAGUCUGGUACUCUUACCACCUCCGACACCGCCCACAACCUGAAGGUCAUGAAGUUCUCCGUCUCCCCCGUUGUCCGUCGCUCCGUCGAGGUCAAGAACGCCCAGGAUCUCCCCAAGUUGGUUGAGGGUCUUAAGCGUCUCUCCAAGUCCGAUCCUUGUGUCCUGACUUACAUCUCUGAGUCCGGUGAGCACGUUGUUGCUGGUGCUGGUGAGCUCCAUUUGGAGAUUUGCUUGAAGGAUCUCGAGGAGGACCACGCUGGUGUCCCUCUCCGCAUUUCCGACCCCGUUGUCGCCUACCGUGAGACUGUCACCACCCAGUCGAGCAUCACUGCUCUCUCCAAGUCGCCCAACAAGCACAACCGUAUCUACAUGAUCGCUGAGCCCCUCUCUGAGGAGGUUUCCAACCUGAUUGAGGCCGGAAAGAUCACCCCCCGUGACGAUAUCAAGACCCGUGCCCGUCUCCUUGCUGAUGAGCACGGAUGGGAUGUCACUGAUGCCCGUAAGAUUUGGUGCUUCGGUCCCGACACCAACGGUGCCAACUUGUUGGUCGAUCAGUCCAAGGCCGUCCAGUAUCUCCUCGAAAUCAAGGACUCCGUCGUCUCUGGUUUCCAGUGGGCUUCGAGAGAAGGACCAGUCGCUGAGGAGCCCAUGCGCUCUAUCCGCUUCAACAUCAUGGAUGUCACCCUCCACGCCGAUGCCAUCCAUCGCGGUGGUGGUCAAAUCAUCCCAACUGCCCGUCGUGUCCUCCUCGCUUCCACCCUUCUUGCCGAGCCCGGUCUCCUCGAGCCCGUCUUCUUGUGCGAAAUUCAAGUUCCAGAGUCCGCCAUGGGUGGUGUCUACGGUGUCCUUACCCGCCGUCGUGGUCACGUCUUCGCUGAGGAGCAGCGCCCCGGCACACCUCUCUUCACCAUUAAGUCUUACCUCCCCGUCAACGAGUCCUUCGGUUUCAAUGCCGAUCUCCGCUCGCAUACCUCUGGACAGGCCUUCCCCCAGUCCGUCUUCGAUCAUUGGCAGAUUCUUCCCGGUGGAUCCCCGCUUGACCCCACCUCCAAGGUCGGCCAGGUCGUCACCGAGAUGCGUAAGCGCAAGGGUAUCAAGGCCGAGGUUCCAGGUGUCGACAACUUCUACGACAAGCUAUAAACUGCUCUCGUCCCUGAUAGACUUCCUCUCCACCAGGUGUUGCACCGCGUUUCCCGCGGUUCAUGCAGUACUAUGACUGAAUGACACCCACGAAAAGCCAUGUUCCCUCGUGGCGGUGCUCUGACGGGCAACGGAGACGUUGAACGGUAGAAGCGGCGCCAUGAUGCAGAUCAGAAGAACAAAAUUAUACAUCAGUUCCGUUUUUUCCCGAUUUUUGUUUUUGCUUGCUCUUUGUUUUGUUAAGUAGCUUCGACAUUCUUUAGGUAUAUGCUAAGGAAUCGAGAUGAAAGUAUAAAG